AACGCGUGCUAAAAACACCUAUAUCAUAUAGUAUCUAGAUAGCCAGUGAAAACGUUUGUUGGUAGUAAAUUUCAUUCUUAAAAUUUUGUGUUUUGAUUCAAAAUGGCACAAAGAAAGUCAGUAUUGUUUUACUUAGCUGUGAUCUUAGUUAUCUUAAGCACGCUCACUCAUGAAGCCGAAGCCAGGAGGAAGAUUUUACGAGGAAGGCGAGUGAUGACUCGAACUUAUUACCGUGGAAACGCAGUGCCAGCUUGGGCAAUAAGUAUGAUGGCCGGCAUUGGAAUGUUGUUGAUUGGCGGCGUGCUGUACGUUGUCAUGAGAAAAAUAGUACUUUCUUCAGAAACGGGAUCUCUGAACACGUACCAACCAGCGAUGCAGCACGAGCACGUUUAAUUUUUUACAUUUUGAAAAUUAUAAGGUGUCAGUGUUAUAUUUUUUAUCGAAAUUAUUUUAUAGUGUUUCAUCUAUUAUAUUGUUACGUUAAAA